GUCGGCGACGCGGAGCUGCGGGACGAGGCGCGGCGCGAACGCGAAUUACUGACACCAAAAGUAGCGACACUCGCACACGACCUCACAGCAAAACUGCUGCCGCGGGACGCCGUCGACGACGCGCCGGCGUGCCUCGUCGAGGUCAAGGCCGCGGCCGGCGGCGACGAGGCGAGUUUGUUCGCGGGCGACCUCUUGGCCAUGUACGAGCGCUUCGCCGGGCGCCGCCGCCACGGCUGGGACUUAUUGAGCGUGACGAAGAGCGACUGCGGCGGCGUGAGCCACGCCUACGCCGAGGUCAAAGGGCCGGGCGCCUACGGCGCGCUCCGCUUCGAGUCGGGCGUCCACCGGGUCCAACGCGUGCCCCGGAACGACGUGCGCAUCCACACGUCGACGGCGUCCGUCGUCGUCUUCCCGGCGGGCGCCGAGGACCGGGGGGCCACCGUCGACUUCGACCCGGCGGAGCUCCGGAUAGACACGUUCCGCGCGUCCGGCGCGGGCGGGCAGCACGCGACUACCCGUAUGGAAAUCUUCAACCCGACUUCAAUGCGAGCGUAUCAAAAUGUGAACACGACGAAUUCCGCGGUCCGCGUGACGCACCUCCCCACGGGCACGGUCGUGUCCAUCCAGGACGAGCGGUCCCAGCACCGCAACAAGGCCAAGGCGCUCAAGGUGCUCGCGAGCCGCGUGGUCGGCGCGCAAGCCGCCGCGGCCGCGGCGGCGCGGUCCGCGUCCCGCGCGAAGCUCGCGGGCAGCGGCGACCGCGCGGAGCGCAUCCGCACCUACAACGCGCCCCACGACCGCGUCACGGACCACCGCUCCGGCUUCACGGCCAACUCCGUGGACCGCGUGCUCCGCGGCGACCUCCUCGACGACGUCGUCGCGUCCCUCGAGGCCGCGGACCGCGACGCGCGCAUG